AUCGUCGAGAAUAGAGUGAGUUAGUAAGUUUGCUGCGUAUUGGAUUACCUAGGUGGUCCUGGACUGGCGUGUGUCACGGUGAUCAGUAGUUUGUGUAUUUGCGGUACCCUUUCAGGUCGGCUUCUAUACACCGCAAGGGUCAGUCAGUGUUCAUGAAAGUGUUCCGACCAGGGUGAGCGUAUGUAGUGAGAAUAGAAAGACAGAGAUAAAACAUUAACUACUUGCCUUGCAUCUCCUGCUUCGGCGGUUUUUGUGUUCAGAAAUCAAAGAGAGCGCGGUGGGCAAGCGAAUGAAAAAUGAAGGAAUCAAAUCAAAAUAAUAACAUGUUGAUUUGAAGCGCUAUAAAAGUUUAGCAGAAGGAGAAGAGUGAAGAAAUAUGUUCAAGCAUAUGGAGAAGGAGCAAGCAGAAUGAUCUAAAUGAAUAAAGUUUACUGUGUUGGUAUGCUGUGCAUGGAAGUGGAACAUCAUCAACCAUCGAUCGGUUCGCGCGCGCUUUUUGAUGAAUAGAAACUUUGCCGAAACCAAUCGUACCGUUUGCAUAGUAUUUCAGCUUCAUUGAUUCAAUUGGAUGUUACCGAUGCUGUAAACGAUGUGGAAAACUCAUUGAAGUGGAACUGGUUCUCAGCACAAUCACAAGGUGAUAUUUUAGUGAGGUGAAAACGAGGAAACAGUUUCAGCGGAUUUGGUUAAAAAACGAAAACUGCCAUAAAUACGAAGCGCAUAAUGUGAAAAGUCACUUAAGAACGUGUGCAAAAUGAAUAAAUCGAAUUAAGCAAAUGCAUACAAUUAAUUACGACGGUCCAAAGCGUCGCUGGUAAUUGUAUGAAAAAAUGCCGUUGAGCCCAUGAAUCCGUGCAGCUGCCAGUGAGGAGAACGAAUGUAGUUAAGCCUCCUAAGCCAUCGUGUUCGUCGUCGGUUUGCAGCCUGCAGCCUUCUCUUCUUAUGCGAAGCUUAUUUCCUUCGCCGCUGUGUCUGGCCAUGGCUCAACUUUACACCACAUAAACGAGAGAUCGCGAAGAUAUAGUGCGCUCGUGGUUGUCUGCAUUAUUACGAAUACUGCCAACCAUAUCUACAUACAGUCAGGCGGUGUUUAGCGUUUUGUUUGUGCUGUUUCUGGUCUUAUUAAUUUACUUGUGGUAAAGUGCUUUUAAUGAUCAGUGCUGGAUUUGCCGGGAUAAAAUGUAUCAAAAGAGAAGAAAAACAUAAAGAUCACGAAAUAAUGAAUUAAAAGAAAUUAUCCAUAUUUCAAUCAAGUUCAUGUGCAUUUUUAAAGCAGCAACAUGCCUUCGGAGCAAACGAACAAGUAAGGCCGAGUGGGGUUGGAAUGUAAUUAUAAUGUUGGCUUAAUGUUCGGCAGAAAAACACCUUAAAGGUGGUAAAUUUUUGAACAGUUUUAAGAGCAAAAAAGGAAUAAGAAAAGUGAAAACCGGCAAUCAAAGUGAAACGAAAAUGGCCUCUACGAGCAUGCAGAUGAAUCUCGGGAUUAUUCUUGCUGUCUUUGUAAUCGUUUCCAUACAUUGCGGCUACGGACAUAAUUACGGACAAGGAGUGCCGACAUGGAUAUGUCUCGGUUUAAAAUCUCCAUUCAUCCAGUUCCGGUCAGAGUUGGAGGUGCUGUCCAACAAUAGCAUAUCGUUGAACCUAACAGAAAUUCGACACAAGCUAAAAAGUGUACAAAAUUUGGAUCACUUCAUACGUCCCGUCGAUAAUGGGCGAAAGGAUGAUAGCAAAAAACAACUUCUUGCCGCACUAUCUACAUCAACGGGUGUGGUCAAUACGCUUCCUAGCAACAUGACGAUUACAUUUCUGACCACAACUCCACCAUCGUUUGUGAAUCAUUUUGAAAUAACGACAGAGACCAGCAUUUCAAACGACGUGGAUAUGGAAAAGAAAACUUUCAGCGAGCAUAUGAUAGCUGACGAUAGCAGCAAAAAGGAAAGAAAAUACAUAAUACCGUUAGCUCUAAAGACAUCAUCGAAUGAAAAGGAAAAGACUUCGUCUAUAUUUCAUGGGUCGUCAACCAAUAUUGACGACUUGAAGCGUCAUAUUUUGAUGCUCCAAAACCUGACACAGUCCGAUAAGAGCUUCCAGAGCAAAUUUGUAGUUUUUCCUGCAUUGCAAAAAAACGGAUCGGUAGCUGUCAGUGCCGGAACAUCGACCACUAUUGCCCCAACAACUACCUUUCGACCUCCAUUCCACCAUAUGCCUGUGCUACAAAUUAAAGAAGAUCAAAAUUCCGCAAAGGUCUUUCCAGAAAAGUUUACACGACUGCGCCCGACCAUCAAUAUGCCCAGGCAAAUUCUACCCAAUUCACAAGAUAUACUGACCGAUAAUAAAGACGACAUGUUCAAAAUGGAGAAAAUUACAAUUGUCCCACAGGUUUACUUACAAAACGACCAAACUCCGGAUUCCAUGCCAGAAGAAGAGAAUAAUAAUAAUUACGACAACAACAACGAAAGAAGAAAAGAGAUCAAAGCAAAUGACGGAGAGAGUAUCAAGAAUAAAAAACCGUCGCCGCCCGUCUAUCAUGGUAAAGGAGGCACGGGAGAAGAGAUAGGCUAUAAAUCUCCACUGUCGGCCACAAUACCACCGGCUCGAAAAAUCGGACGCAACAGAACAACGCUGGCGGCAUUGGCGUCUAGCGCGGUACAAACGGCCAUCGCCGCUGAUGAUGUUGAUAACGCUCCUACACGUGGCUCCGGUACUGGUGGUGCUAUACGUACAAGAGGGGGAAAUGGCAAAAAACGGAAUCGGAAGAAUAAAAAGCUGUCCGAGAAACCAAUUAACUCCAAUCCGGUUCAAGACUUUGACGGUGUAACGAAUCAAAGUUCAAACGCAAACAGAACCAAAGCCGGCAGGAAAGGUGCUAAACGGCUUCAAAGGCUUCAACAGAAAGCGGUUAUGUUGCAGCAAUUAACAUCCAGCUCAUCGACUGUUGCGUCCCCUACGGCGCCUCCCACGUCCAGUUCCAAUCGAAAACUUUCGCGUUUUCGACGUGCAGAAUGGCCAGCAAUCAAAACUCAUCGCUCCCAGCUGGAACAUUCGCCGACCAGAGAUAGCACAAUGAUUCCGAUUUAUGAUAUUAACAGCUCCAGUGUUAGUGCCAUCAGUGGUGUAAGUAAUAGUGUUAGCUUUAGAAAUGGCACUGUUACAACCAUCGAUAGUAGUAGCACCAGUGGUAACCAUAGCGAGAAAGAUAUAAUCAAUUUAAACCCAGACCUCUGUUUCAAAGUCAAUGGUUUAAGCGGAGGCCAGCAGAAAUUGUGCGCCCAGCACACCAGCGUAAUGCCGGCAAUUAGUCGUGGUGCUCGAGCAGCGAUACAAGAAUGCAAACAACAGUUCAGGCAUCGACGCUGGAACUGUACCACCAUAGAGGACGACACCGUUUUCGGACCAGUUUCAAAUAUAGGUUCCCCAGAGAUGGCUUUUGUUCAUGCGUUAGCAGCAGCUGCAGCUGCCAGCUUUAUUGCUCGCGCUUGUCGAGAUGGACAGUUGGCAUCAUGCGGAUGCUCCCGGAGUUCCCGCCCGUCGCAGCUACACGAAGACUGGACCUGGGGAGGAUGCGGUGAUGAUAUGGAAUUUGGCUACAAGUUUUCGCAAACAUUCAUAGACAUUAAAGAAAAAGAAAGGAAACGUGGCACCAGAGGUUUGGUUUCCAUACCCGCAAAAUAUCCGAAAAUUGUUGAACGUUUACUGGGGACAUUAAACGAUACGAGUGAAAAUAUUCUGAACGGAACAGACACGUUGUUUCGACCCGAGGACUUGCAGAAACUUCAAGAUAAAAUUGCCAAAGAAAUUUCCAGCUCCAAUCUAGACCCAAAAGAAAUGAACGAACUGCAGGAAAAAAUAAACAAGGAAAUCACUAACUCGGAAGUAUUCAACCUCAAGCAUUUCAACAUUUAUGAUAAACUGAAGAAAAUGUUCCGAAAGCCAGAAAAAACGCUCAACGGCGUCAAAUUCAGUGCGUCGGCUAAGGCGCGUGCAUUGAUGAAUUUGCAUAACAACGAAGCUGGGCGAAGGGCUGUCAUCAAAAAAUCACGGAUCAUAUGCAAAUGCCACGGAGUAUCCGGUUCAUGUAGUCUAAUUACAUGUUGGCAGCAGUUAACAUCGGUUAGGGAAAUUGGUGACUUUCUUCGAGAAAAGUAUGACGAGGCCACUCAAGUAAAAAUCAACAAGCGUGGAAGACUGCAGGUCAAGGAUCCUAGAUACAAAAUACCCACACCGUUGGAUUUGGUGUACCUAGACGAGAGUCCCGAUUGGUGUCGAAAUAAUAGGCAGCUUAAAUGGCCAGGUACGCACGGCCGCGUUUGCAACAAGAUCUCGUCUGGUCUGGAUGGAUGCGCCAUACUCUGCUGUGGUAGAGGAUACAAUACAAAAAAAAUCGUGGUUAAGGAACGUUGUAACUGUAAAUUCCAGUGGUGCUGCCAGGUGAAGUGUGAUAUAUGUACGAGACAUAUAGAGGAGUAUACGUGUAAAUAAUUACGGUAGUUCUAAUGUAAGCCUAAUGUCUUGCAAAUCGACUCAAAAUACACGCAUGCCAACUUGUUCUUCAAAGACGGUUUUUCGAUUUGAGGCUCUGAAAUAAGUGAAAGCAGACGAAUUAAUGCUGUAUGAGAUUAGUGUGAAUGUAUUUAGGGAUGUGUAGAAAGAUUAUUUAUUUGCCAGCGCGAAAUUUUGUCUUAGUAUGAAUAUUCUAGGAGUUACAUUAAAACUAUAACUGUAAAAUGAUCAAGGAUAAGAGUUACCGUUAGAUUCAGAACACACACUUCAUUGUUCAAAUAAAAGAAAAUAAGCUUAGAAUGGUUUAUUACAAAUACUUAUCUAAUGAUAGUAGACUUGCGUUCAUCCUCUACAAAAAACAUUGUAUUAGAAAUAUAAAACUCAAAAAUGAGCAGAAGUCACUAUCAAAAUGCUUCCUUCAAAAUUCUAUCUGUGCUCUAGAUUCAUAUGAAAAAUCUACAAUUGCAACGACAAACAGCAUUGAUGAAUUAACACAUUAAGGUUCAAGUUACCUUUUUUAAGCAUGUGUUAGAAUUGAACGCUUGGUAGUGUGGGUAGGAAAAUUUGUGUUCAGCUUUGCCACCGGAUUAUCCAUUUAAACCUUUUUAAAACUCUAAAAGAAGAAUAUCAGUCGAUUUAUUAGAUCAUCACGAUUCAAUUCAUGCAAAAUACCUGCUGGAAAAACCAUCGGCUUAGCUAAACGGUGCUUUUGAAAAAGUGGCUGUGGUUUUUUCAUUGCGCAGUUGUAGUGCAUACCCCAGCUCGGUGUGGUAGUGUGAUAAAAAAUCACAGCCACUUUUUCAAAUGCACCAUCCAGCUAAGCCGAUGGUUUUUCCAGCAGGUAUUUUGCAUGAAUUGAAUCGUGAUGAUCUAAUAAAUCGACUGAUAUUCUUCUUUUAGAGUUUUGAAAAGGUUUAAAUGGAUAAUCUGGUGGCAAAGCUGAACACAAUUUUUCUUACGCAUACUACCAAGCCUUGAGGUAACUUGAGCCUUAAUUGGUGCAAACAGAACAACGUAUCUAAAAGAACCAAAUACGAGCACUUUUGAAACUAUUUAUCAGGCGAUCUUUUGUCGAACAUUAAUAAUUUUUUUAGAGAAUUUUUUAUUAUAGAACCAUACAAUUUCAUGACAUUGUACAUCAAUCCACAUAUGCCAAUUUUCUAGAUGUUUCGCAAUCCAACGUCUAAACUUGAUCAGAUAACUUGUAAAUAUUGUAUAAGAACAAUGUGUUUUAACAUCAGUAUUAUUAGCAAUAUCAAUGUAUAUCAGAAAAAGUUAUUUGCAAUUAUCUAAUUUCAUCAUAAAAGAAGAACACAUAUUGGAAA